UUCGUAGGACAGAAAACGUCCUUUUGCUUUUUCCAGUUGCUCAGUCUGUCCGGGGGAUAGGACAUGUGCCUCUAUCGGUUCUCCUUUGGCCAUAAAUUCGGAUUCCACCUAAUGAAGGACAAAGGAGUAUCGGCAAUCGAUGUGUUACCCCAUUAUACGAGAUGUUGGGUUGAAUCUUCCCCACUACUCGAUGCUGCGUACCUCCUGCUGAUUUCAUUAUCGAUUGUGAUCUCUCUAUUAUCAGUCCUAACCUUUCCACUGUUUCUAGGCAACCUUCCCCAAGCAAGCUUACUGAUGCCCCGGAACCCAAGAGACCCACGACGUCCAGGUCUUCGAUCUUUACCUGUGCGAAUGGUCUGUUGUCGCCUUCCACCGCAGCUCUGAUGGCCGAACAAAUCAUCGCUGCUGACUUCUCCUCCGGGCUCUUGCAAUUUUUGGCGAAAUGUUCCGGUCCGGAUCAUGUUUCCCAAAUAUUCGGUUGCAGUCCUCA